CUAACUACCAAACAUGCACUAGGACUCCAAAAUGAAACCGACAGGUUGUCUGAGACAGCUUCUCGUGCGCGUGCGCUGCUUGAGCUUUGUCGUGCUGGCUAAAGUUACAACAACUAUCAAGUAUGAAGCGCAUAAUAAAUUAGCGUAUGCCCUAUUUUCGGGUUCUGGCCCUCGUUGACUUUGCCUUUGCGCUAUGCCGCGCUCGGCCUUCUUCGCGGCUAAGGAAAGACUUCUACAAAGCGAAGGAGCCACUUCCUCCUUGUCGGAUGCGAAUACCAAAGCGAGCUGGACGGCGACCUCGAGUUCCAUGGAACACUCGCUCGGCGUGCGUGGGCUUCGGUUCCCGUCCAGCCGCAAGUUCCUGUGGGACAGGACGCCGCUGGGCCAGCCGCUGGUGGUGGCGCCGCAGGCCCCGAUGCUGGAGCUGCCCUCCGACCUGCACCUGCAGCUGCUGCGCCCCGGCGCCCCGCGCCCGCCCACCCUCCUCGCCGCCCUCGCCGUGCGGCCAGCCGCCCCCGGCGGCCCCACCUCCGGCGCGCAGCUGUGCAUCUCGCUCAGCGCACCGCCGCAGCCCGCCGGCCUCCCAGCAGCAGCAGCAGCAGCAGUAGCAGCACCGCCGCAGUCGGGCCGGGGGCCGCACGGAGAGCCACUGGUGCUACUGCCGGAACUGCCGCCACCGCCGCCGUCACUGCCGCUACUGCCGCUACGGCUGCUGUGGGGCAGCAGCUGCGGUCCCUGGCAGUGGAGCUUCAGGCGGGGCUGGACCGCCGCCGGGGGGGGAGGAGGUGGUGGUGGUGGUGACGGUGGCAGUCGUGGCACGGGGGCCGCAGCCGCAGCAGCAGCAACGGCAGCAGCAGCAGCGCCUGGGCCCCUGGCUGGGUCGCGGCUGCCCCUGUCCACAGGCCUGUCGCUGGCGGUGUCGCUGUCGGUGUCGCUGUCAGGCGACCCAGGGGCCGGCGCCGCCUCGGCGUCACACAGCAGCGCAGCCCGGGCGGCGGCAGGGGCGCAUGCAGCGGCGGCGGCGGGGGUGGGGGCAGAUGCAGGGACGGCGGGGGCAGGGGGGACGGCGGGGGCAGGGGCGGCGCCUGCGGCGCUCCUGACUGCUCGGCUGCUGCUGCCCGCGCCCUGCCUGCGCCUGACGCCGCUGCACAGCCGCCGACUGGUGGACGGCCCGCUGGCCGCCCAGCUGCUGCAGCUGCUGCUACUGCCAGGGCCGCCGCCGCCUGCUACUGCCGGGGCCGGCGCUGCUACUGCUACGGCUGCUGCUGCCAGCACCGCCUCGGCCGCCUCAUCAUUAUCCUCCGCUGCUGCUGCCGUUAUCAGUAGCGGCUACCUAACAAUGGACCAGGCGCGGAGCCUGAUGCCGCUGGGCGCGGGCGAGGCGGCGGUGUACGGCGUGCCCCUGGUGGGCGUAUGGCUGGCCGCUGCUCCCGCUCCUGACGCGGCUGCUCCCGGGGCUGGCGGCGCGGCUGGCGGCGGCGGCGGCGCAUCGGGGCUGGGUCUGGGCCCGGGUCCGGGGCUGGGUCUGGGUCUGGGCCCGGGUCCGGGGCUGGGUCCGUUGCACCCGGCGGUGUAUGGCGCGGCGCUGCAGUUCGCGUACAGUUCCGCGCUGCCCGACCGCGCCCGCCAGCCUCCCGACGGCGCCUUCCUGGUGUUGCUGUUCACACCAGGCAGCCCUGUGCCGCGGUGCUACGAGGCGGCCUUCAUCGACACACCCGCCACCCCCACCGCCUCCACCUCCGCCGCCACCACCUCCCCUUCAUCUCUGGCCGGAGUUCCAGUCGGGGCCCCAGCCGCCCCACCCCACACGCCCCACCCCGACGGCCUGCUACAGCCUGCGCCGGGUCCCUGCCCGGCUCCGCCGCCGCCGCCGCCGCCGCUGCGGCUGCUGCCGUACUGCGCUACAGCCUCGCUGUGUGGCCAGACGGCGGCGCCGCUGCAGCUGCAGCCCUCGCUGGACAGGGGCUUGCUGGCAGCGCUGGCGGCGGCGGCGGAGGGCCCGGCGGCGGCGCCUGCUGCUACUGCUGCUACUGCCGGUAGGGCGCCGGAGGCUGCUGCUACAGCUGCUGCAGCGGCUGUGGGCGGGGGAAUGGUGCUCUCGCCGCCGGGGUUGGUGUCGGGGCGGCCCGGCGGCGCCGACGGCAGUCAGAGGCAGCAGCAGCCAGGCGGCGGCGCGUACGGCCCUGGCGGUUACAGUUACGGCGGUUACGGUUACGGUUAUGGUUACGGCGCUUCUUAUCAACACGACCGUGAGCGGGUGAUGACCAGCCCCAGCAAGGCCAUGCGCGUGGCGGCGGCGGCGGCAGAGGCGGAGGCUGAGGCGGCGGAGGUGGAGGCGGCAGCUGCAGUAGCGGCGGCAGUGGCGUCAGCGGCGGCAGUGGCGGAGGCGGGUGACGGGCCGCCGCGGGACCCCAGGCUGCUGGUCCCGCGCCCCUCCCAGAAGCAACAAGACCCACCACAACAGGAAGUGCAAGGCCGGUGGGGGACGGGCGGCGGCGGCGGCGGCGGCGUAAGCGCCUACAGCCACGUCUCGACCGGCAGUGGCAUUGGCGGCGGCGGUGGUGGCGGCGGCGGCGGCUGGCAGGGUGUGAUGAACACGCCCGCCGCCGCGCCGCCGCAGACGCAGCACCAGCCGCUGUCUCUGCCGCAGCACCCGCCGCUGUCUCUGUCGCAGCACCCGCCGCCGCAGCCGCCGCUCCAGGCGCCUGCCACGCCCCGUGCUACUGCUGGGGCCGGGGCUGAGGGCCGGUACGGCGAUGGCGGUGGUGGUGGCGGCAGCUGGAGUACAGAAUGGCGGGGGCAGGGGCACGGGCAGGGGCCGGGGCUCGGCGUCGGCGAGGGCACUGCCGCCGAAGCUGCCGGGGAGCGGCUGAGGGCGCUGCGAGUGUCUGCCACGUCGGCACCCGCUGCUGCUGCCGCCGCCGCCGCCGCCGGAACAGCUGCCUCCGGCUCCGCCGCAGGCUCUGCCGCUGCAACACUGACUAGACAGCAGCAGCAGCAGCAAGCGGCGCGGCAAGCGCUACAGGCGGCGGAGGGUGACUGGCAGCAGCAGCUACAGCCUCAGCCUCAGCUACAGCCGCCGGCGUCAUCGUCACCACUCUCAUAUUCGACACCACCACCAGAGCUGCUACUGCCAGCCAACACGGUGCUGCUGCAGCAGGAGGUGGCGGCGCUGAGGCGGCAGGUGCGGCAGCUGCAGGCGGAGUUGUACGAGCUCAGGGCACGGGAGGAGCAGCAGCAGCAGGAGCUGGUGCGCCUGAGGCGGCAGCAGCAGCGGCAGCAGGGGCAGCAGGGGCAGCAGCAGGAGGAGGAGGAGGAGGAGGAGGAGCAGGAGGCAACAGUGGCGGGCGGCGUUCCAAGCGGCGGCGACGGAGGUCUAGAGGGGAGCCCGGCACAGGCGCAGGCGGCGGCGCAAGAGCCGCGGGCGGGGGUGGCGGCGGGGUCAGCAGCAGCCUCGCACGCCGGCGGGUUUGUGGGCCCCGCCGCCGACGUCGGCAGCACACGGCCGCAUCAUCAUCAUCCCACUAAUCCUGCAGCCCCGCACGCCGCCGCUCCUGCUGCGACUGCUGCUGCGACUGCUGCUGCCACUGCUGCUCCUGCUGCUGCCGCGGUUGCCGCGGUUGCCUCGGGUGUCGCAACAGUGGGCGGACUGACGUGCCGCUGGGGCGCCGCCUCCAUUACCACCACCACCGCCGCCUCCACCUCCACCGCCACCUCCACAACGGCCGCCACCGCCGCCGCCCCCAUCAACACUGUCACAGCGCUGCAGCCGCCCAGCACCAACACCACCUCCAACAACACCACCACCGGGCGCGUGUCACUGGCGGCGGCGGCGGCGGCGGCUGGAGGCACCACCCCCACGCUGGCAGCAAUCGGUCACAGCGGCGGCGGGGGCGGCGGCGGCGGCCGCUACGGCAGUAGCACCAGCCCGCAGUCCGUUGCCGCGGCGGCGGCGGCGGCGGCGGCUGCGACACCGGGCAGCGGCGGCGGCGGCGGCGGCAGCGCCCAGCGCCGCCUGAUUCUCAAGGCCCUCCGGCGGCGGCGGCGCAGCAGCGGCAGUAGUAGCAGCGGCGGCAGCAGUAGCAGCGUCCUCCUGGACGGGGUCGGCAGUAGCAGCGACGAGGGUGGUGGCGGCGGUGGUGACGAGGACGAGGCCGCCGGCGCUGCUGUGGGCCGCGAUGAGGCCAAUGCCGGGGGGCGGCGCGUGGCGGCGGCGGCGGCGGCGGCGGCGGCGGCGGCGGCGGCGGACUCCCGCAGCAGCGGUAGCAGCAGCAGGUGUUGGGCACCGGCGGCGGCGGAGGAGGCGGAGGCGGAUGCGGUGGGAGCGCCGGUGGCGCGUGCCAAUGGCAACAGCGACAGCGAAGACGACUCAGACGAGGACGACGCCGCGGGGAGCGCGGUCACCGCCGCCACACGCGGCCGCGGCCACCCCCACUCCCUGCACCACCGGUACGGACCCCGCGGGCAGCAGGCACCGGCAGCAGUAGCAGCAGCAGCACCCCAGGGGCUGGGGCCUCCGGCUACAGCUGCUCUCCCACUAGCAGCAGCAACAGCCGCCGUGGGGCACAGCAGCAGCCUCGGGUACGGCGACAGGAGUGGCGGCGGCGGGGCGGCGGCGGCGGCUGCUGCUGGUGGUGCUGCUACUAGCAGCAGGGCGGCGCUAUCGGCGGCGGCGGCGGGGGCAGCGGCGGUAGGGGCGGUAGGGGCGGUAGGGGCGGCGGGGGCGGCUCGUUACGCGGCUCAUUAUGGUGGUGGUGGCGGCGGCGGCGGCGGCUGGGGUGACGAGGACGAGGAUGAGGAUGAUGAUGCGGUGGAGGCGGCGCUGAUGGCCAAGUACGGCAUCCGAAUGUAGUCCGUUGCCGUACACCGGUACGGUGUGGGGGGCGGGUGCGUGGUCGGCAGUUGAAUGGUACCGUACAUCAUUGAUUGAUUCAGAUGGUUCUGCAGGCUUUUGUUUAUGGGCUUCAUGGGACUUCGUUGCAAUGUACGUGUGCUGUGCGUGUGGUAGCGCUUCGUUUGGCAUGGAGGGCAAUGUAUGCCCGUAUCGGGUCUUGGGGUCUUGGUUGCUUGUUGGUGAUUGGCAGGAUCAGCUGGUGUGGACAAUGAAGCGGAUGUGCCGUCAUGCGUGCUGGUGCCCGCGAGGGGUCCGUGCGGCAUGCAUACAUGCGGCUGCCCCCGCGGGAUGUGCCUGCUGCUGCCUACCUGCUGAUACAAGUGUCGUUCUGCGCCCGCCGUGUGUACGUUUAUGAUUUGCCCGGAGUAUUGGCCCAUCGCCCCACCCUGCAGACAGACAGCAGCACACUCAGGGCGUGGAUGGAUUAAGGGAGCCGACAGGCCCGCCGCAGGGCUUGCAUACAUCUCCGGGGGGUAGGCCGCCGCCGCUGGCGAGAAGGGCCCUAACCACGACGUUAUUACCACGGCAUCCAGGGGCCCAAAAACCCCGGAAAGGGGCAGUUGACCGGAUUUGGGGCGGAAAGGGGUAGUUGGUGAGAUUCGGGGAUCGUAUGCAGCCCCAGAGAAUGCACCCCCGGAAAUGCCCAAUGUUUCUCGCCCGAGGCCCUGCAUUGGGGCCCGCUUCUUGCCGCUCCCCGAAGAUGCAAGCCCUGCGACGGGGUGUGCGGCGGGGGUUCAGUCCCCAUUACCGUAUUAC